GUAUUAUCUUGCCGUUGUUGUCACAGCGGCUGUAUAUCUGAUUUCCUUUUCUAAAAGACAGCUUUCGUUCGGAAUCUUCUUAUAUUGUUAUCAGCGUUACAUUGAAAUUUUCAGUAUGUCGCCAAUGGUGCUGGAGAAUGACGUCGAAGUCGGGGAGAGUCUUCCACCAGCGACUGAGCACGCUGUAAGCGUUUCGUUGCCGACAUGGCGGGCGAAUGUAGGAUACGAAGAAGGCGAGGAAUGGGUCAUCAGUAAGAUGAAGACGGGUUAUCCCAGAUUCUUUAUACACAAAAUCAUUCAAGCCUUUUCAGCUGCGAUAGUAACAAAACAUGGACGGGAAGGGGAAGGCGCGAUGCUCUUCCCGACACAUGCAAUUGCAUCUAGAUGCCGCGACUUCUUCCUUCGAAAUGCACCUGACCUUGACGCAUCGAAAAUCCGAAUUCUGGACUUUGUACCAGCUGCAGAGAAAGCACGCUCGGAGGAAUUGACUGUCAUAUCGCCUAGAGUCUCGGCCGUACUAUUUCCACAGGACCGCUUCAGUAUAGCCAAGCAAUUCUGGCAGCAUUCUGGGGACGGUGUAUCAAGUAGGAGAGCGGAGUACUGUUACCAACUGUUUGAGAAGGGUGUUUUAAUCGAGGCAUCCAGCUUGGAUCUGCCACCGCGGAUACGCAAAGGCCCUCGACGGUACCAGAAGCAAACGUCCAUCGACCUUGGUGGCCCAGACGAUGCCGUACAUUCUACGGGUGAAGUACAGGAUCCCACUCAGUUUGUGGAGGAGAGAUUUGGACGAAAUUUGGACCUGUCAAUGACAAAGAACGCGAAGCUGGCAAUUCGACGGCGCAUUGCGGGGUCAUUGACUGCCGAUGUUUCGUUAUCCGAAGCGCUUUCGUUGAAGAAAGACACCGCGAGGACGAGGCCAGUGGCAGAGUUCUCAGAAGAUGAUGUUUACCUCUACCCCACUGGAAUGAGCUCAAUCUUCAAUUCUCAUAGAAAGCUACUGAAAGCGAAAGGUCCUCUGAAAGCCAUCGUCUAUGGGUUCCCUUAUAUUGACACGCUCAAGAUCACAGAGAAAUUCGGUGCAGGCUCCCUUUUUUACGGAUUUGGUUCGUCCGAGGAGCUGGAUGACUUGGAAAAGCGCCUAGAGGGUGGCGAACGAUUCAUGGCGCUGUUCACCGAGUUCCCAGGAAAUCCGCUAUUGAUGUCGCCAGAUCUCCAGCGAAUCCGCACGCUCGCUGACAAGUACGAUUUCUGCGUAGUUGUCGAUGAGACUAUUGGCAACUUCAUCAAUGUCAAUGUUCUGCCGUAUGCGGACAUCGUAGUCAGCAGUCUCACAAAGGUUUUUAGUGGAGAUAGUAACGUCAUGGGAGGGGGACUUGUCCUAAGCCCAAUGGCAAAAAACUACUCACUACUCAAAAGCAUAUGGGAAGAAGACUACGAAGAUAAUCACUGGGCCGAAGACAGCAUCUUCCUCGAGCGCAACAGUCGUGAUUUCGUCUCAAGGAUUGACCGUAUCGGUACCAACGCCGAAGCGAUCUGUAACGUCUUGAGCGCACAUCCCCGCGUGAAACAGGUCAAUUACCCCAAGACAAGCCCCACACGCGCCAACUAUGAAAAGUGCCGCAACCCCAAUGGCGGGUACGGCGGUCUGCUCUCCGCCACAUUCUAUGCCAGGGGGGACGCUAUAGCCUUCUUCGACAACCUGGAUACAGUGAAGGGGCCUAGUCUGGGCACUAAUUUCACACUGAGCUCUCCGUACGUCAUCUUAGCGCACUAUGGAGAGUUGGACUGGUGUGCAAAAUGGGGUGUGGAGGCAGAUCUGAUUCGAUUCAGCGUAGGAUUGGAGGAGACGGGGAAGCUGGUGGAGACUUUCAAGAAGGCGCUUGAUGCUAUACCGCAGUGAAACAUGUCUGUAGUGCGAAGAAACGGGAGGAGAAAACUCGAGCCCAGCAUGGAGCAUCUCUACAGGGGACUGCAGCAUGUUACGUAAAAGCACGAAUGUGUUCAGUUGCAGCCAUAUCGUUGUUUGUUUGUUUGCGACUCCGUAGCUGCCACGUAGUAACUUCAAGACAAAACAUUGUGAGCAAUGUUGUUCAGUAAGCAACAGGCGAAGAGACCUAGCACC